AUUCAAUUUUCAUUAAACGCUCGGUCAUUCGGCCGUCAAAUAUGCAUUACUGAUACAAAUUAAUAAUUUUAAAAAUUAUCGUAAAAUUCUACUUUAAAUUAAAUUAUUUUAAUUUUAUGUUUGAAUUAAAAUUUUAAGUAAUUCGUGUGGUUUUUUUUGUUUUGUUUUUGUACGUGUAGAAAGCACGUGUUAUCCAUGUGUACUGAAAUCGAUUCAUUAUUCGAGGUUGUUAUGUCAACAGUCGCUCCUGUAACUAUGUGACUUCAGCAUUUGCUUAAAAUGACAGUAUUUAUUGAUUUAACAUGGCUUCGAAUACCUUUUUAAGUUCUAAAGAAGGAGAAAAUGAUAAGAUUGAAAAAUGUUUAAAGGAAAUUGAAUCAUAUCUUAAAAAACUUGAAUGUAAACAAGAGAAGAAAACUGCAAAAAUAUCACCAAACAAUGUUUCAGGAAAGGUUCCAUUGCAUGAGUUGUUAGAAGAAAUGAGAAAUACAUUGCAAGAAUAUGGAUUGGAAGAACUAUUAAUACCACAUUUGGAAGAAUUAAAGAAACAAAAUGACCUACCACACUUAGUUUCCAUAGGAAAAAAGUAUGAUGAAUAUGAUUUACAAAAUGUCUCAGAAGAAAUGAAAACUAAUAUUUUAUGGGAAAUGAUUUCUUUUCACAUUAUGACAUAUAUAAAGAAGAAAUUGAAAAUUAUUCAUAAGAAUCAUUAUUUAUCACAAUACAAUACUUUUCAUAAGUAUCUUAUAUGUUAUUAUUUACGGAAUUUAUCAGAAUUAAUUAUGGUAACUCGAAUGUGGGAAUUGCAUCAAAAUAUUAGAAUAAAUAUACUUGAAGAACUGAAAUGCUUAUGUCCAUCAAAAACUAAAGAAGUCUGUUUACAGUGCUUAUUAAUUACUAGUACAGACUUUAUUUUAGAAGAUAAAGAAUUAAUUUGUAAUGGGUAUUUUCAACCACUUGUUGUUACAUGGACAGAAAUUACUAAGAUAUAUAUUCAAUUUAUUGCACAAAAAUACACAAAAUUAUUAGAAAACAUUAGUCAGAUGAGAAAAAUGAAUGAGAAUGAUUGGCUAUCAAGUUUUUCAAUGCAAUGUUUUUUGAAAAUGCAACCAUCAUGUCAAUUAAAGUAUGAAAAUAAAUUUUUAAUGAGUACAAAAAGGAUACAUCCAAUAGUUGUUAAAAAUAUAUCAAACAAAGNAUUUUCAGGUAUCCCAUUAAUGGUUCCAAAUGAUAGUCCAGAACAGUCACCCAUUCAUAUCCAGUUAUCUGAUAAUAAUGAAAGUUUACCUUUUAAUUGGAAUUGGAGGUAUAUAUUUCAGGAUUUUGGAUUUCUUACUUUUAUUCAAAGAUGUUUACAAGAUCAGAUGCAAAAUCAUAUUCAGUUUUGUUUGACAAAAGAAUGGAAAUUAAUUUCAUGGUAUAAAAGAUUACCUUCUGUUACUGUUGAAUCUGGAUUACAAAGAAAUAAGAAAAUUCUCAUAUUCAGUAUAGCUUGUGUUAUUGAAGAGUUAGACAAAUUUAGUCCUUUACUUUCUUCCUGUCAAGGUGUUUUUCUUCCUUUUCAUGCAACAUUUAAUCAUGUCCUUCAUACAUAUGUAAUAGAAUUAUUGUCUCAUGUUGAACGUAUUUCAUCUGCCAUUCCACAAAAAUUAUCUCUUGAGAACUUGUAUAUUCUUUUAGCAAGUACUGCAUUUCUUAAGGAAAGGCUUUUAUUAUACACUCAAGAAAUGAAUUAUAUAAAAGAAGAAAAUAAAAAUAAUACAUUGACAGUAACAUUACAAGAUAAAGUAAGUAAACUAGAAGAUUUAUUGCUACAAAAAGUGUUAAAUUAUCAAAUUAAGUUACUUGUAUCUGGCAUUUUACAAGAUGCUGAUAGUCACAACUGGAGUUUUCACAAACCAUUUUUUGAGGUAAAAUGUAAAUGCAAGUAUAUAUUUCAGGAUUUUGGAUUUCUUACUUUUAUUCAAAGAUGUUUACAAGAUCAGAUGCAAAAUCAUAUUCAGUUUUGUUUGACAAAAGAAUGGAAAUUAAUUUCAUGGUAUAAAAGAUUACCUUCUGUUACUGUUGAAUCUGGAUUACAAAGAAAUAAGAAAAUUCUCAUAUUCAGUAUAGCUUGUGUUAUUGAAGAGUUAGACAAAUUUAGUCCUUUACUUUCUUCCUGUCAAGGUGUUUUUCUUCCUUUUCAUGCAACAUUUAAUCAUGUCCUUCAUACAUAUGUAAUAGAAUUAUUGUCUCAUGUUGAACGUAUUUCAUCUGCCAUUCCACAAAAAUUAUCUCUUGAGAACUUAAAUAAUACAUUGACAGUAACAUUACAAGAUAAAGUAAGUAAACUAGAAGAUUUAUUGCUACAAAAAGUGUUAAAUUAUCAAAUUAAGUUACUUGUAUCUGGCAUUUUACAAGAUGCUGAUAGUCACAACUGGAGUUUUCACAAACCAUUUUUUGAGGUAACUAUCAUUGAUAGCAUACACAAUUACUGCUAUAUGCUAUUAACUAUUAUGACAAUUGUAACAUCCCCUUUACCAACAUUAUAUAAGAUCAUUAAAAAAGGAAUACCAUCAUCUUAUAAGCAAAUGAAUUAUCUACCCUGGUUAUCAUGUAUUCAACCAGCAGUGUAUGCUUACAUUGGUCAAGGAAAAUUAAUAUCCAGUUCUUCGGUUUGGUUAAAUGUUAAACUGUCUAUAUCACAAAUGGAACUUGAACCAUAUCUUGUUAUAAAGGCUUUCCUGAAUCAUGAAUGUACACUUGCAAUAUUAUUUAUGACUCAAGCUAAUGAAGAAACUGUCAGUUAUGAAGGAGAUGGUUUAUCAUCACCAUUGAAAAAUAGCAGUGAUUCAAAGCUUAGACUUUCAAGAGCUCUUUUUUCAAUAUUACAGUUUUGUUAUCAUCAGCCUGAUAGUUUGGCAAAUGUUCUUCUACCUGUAAUUCAAAGAUCAAAUGGAUGGAAAGAAUUUGAUAAAUCAACUAUUUCUUCACCAAAUUAUCAGCGUCCUUGGUGGUAUCAGGGAUUAAUUGAACUAUUUUAUCCAAUUGUAAAAAGUACUUUAAUUUCUUCUUUACCAAUGAUAAUUGAAAACUUAACAGUUGAUGAAAAUAAAGUGGAAAUAGAAUGUGCAUUGCACAUUUUGUUGUCUUUCAAGGAACAGCUUAUCAGUCUACCAUUAACAGUGAUAAAAUGUAUUUCUACUUUGGAAAUGCAAUUUCUGCAAUCAAAACAAAGUUUUAUGCCCGUUUACAAUUCAUUAUUAAUUCAGCUAUUUCUCUCUGCAUUGAAUAUUGUUCUGACAGAAUUAAAAUAUUUAGAAGAAUUAAUUGAAGCAUAUAAUUUAGAUUUAUGCCAUGAUAUAAUAGAUAAAACAUUCAACACGUUGCUCGAUUUAUUAAGUGAUAAUCGUUCAAACGUUCAUAUUGAUAAGCAAUAUACAUAUUUUAUUACUGAUUUUAGAGAUCAUAUAAAUGUAUUUUUUGAAAGAAACAGUGAAAAAAAUAAUCUAGCAAUUAAUAACAGUAUUCAAGAGUUUGAAGAUGAUUGCUUAGAAAUCUGUGUUACUGAAUAUCUCCAAUCAAAAAAUGCUAAAGAACAUAUACAUUAUUUAUAUAAUUUACUGAAGACAAAUUUAUUAUGGAUUCAAACAAGUUUGGGAAUACCUGAUAUAACAAAUACAGAUUCAGUUUUGAAUUCAAUUAGUCCUUCACCAUAUCAGCAAGAAGAAUGCAAAAACAUGAAAGUUUCUAAAAAGUUGAACAAAAAUUUCAAAUCUGCACAGAGUAUAGAAGAAUUAAUUUCAGAUAAAUGUCCAUCCACAGCAUCACAGCUACCAGGAGCAGUUAUUGAAGAUUGCUUGAAUAAUGUGCAACAUGUAUUAUAUACUUGUGUGGAUACAAAAAAUUACGAACUGUAUGAAAAACAUAUUAUUGAUCAUUUGAAGGAAUUAUCAUCCAGUAAAGUUGUGGAUAAGAAAAUCAGGAUAAAAUUAGAUUCAAAUUUUGUAUCAUCAAAUAGUCCAUUUAACCCAUUUUUAUAUUUUAAUAGUAUUGGAAACAGUACUAAUAUAUUAAAUCAGGAAACUUAUAAUGAAUUUACACUUUCUUGGGAAUUAUUAUUAGAUCACAUUCCUAUGUCAGAUUUAUCAGAAGAAGGAUUAAAAACAUUGCUAAUGCACAGAUGGGAAUUUAUUGGAAAAGAUCCAUUACCUUCAGGUCAAGAGAAAUAUGUACAUUUAUUGAAAUUGCAAUAUGGAUUGGAAGAUGAAGAUGGAGAUGAUAAUCAAGAAGGAGAAAGUAGUCAUUAAUGUGUUUUAUUAAGCUGUUCUAAUACCAAAGACAUCUAGUUUCUCAAGUUUAAUAUUUUUAUUAUCGGAAUAUCUUUAAUUUUGACAAGAGAAUUUCAUCAUAUGGUAUGUUUGCCAUAAACUUUGGUACAGUACAUGCAGAUCGUUCGAAAUGUGACGGUCGUCGUAAAUUAAAUUAUCGAAAGGAUCGUGUUUCUGUUUCUUUUAGAUGUCAUAAAUGCAAGACGAACAAUUCUUCUUCUUCUUCUUCUUCUAUGUUUAUAUGGAGAAAGAUGAACAGUUCGUAAAUUGAAGGACUUUUUAAACGUAAAUUUAGGAACUAUUUUUUCGUUUAAUUUGCAUUUAAUUUGCAUAGAAUGGAAGUUGAGCGUCAUCUGUUUUGGCUGUGGGUGUGAGUAGUCGAAUAGCUGUUGACUGGACGAAUUUCAUACGACACAUUAUGAUUGUUUCGUAGUCUAAUUUAACCGGAAUGAAAA